GGUGACGCCACGGUGACGCCAGGGGAGCGCGGGAGGCGGGUCCGCGUAGGUCCCCACCCCAAAGGCUGUCUUUCCGCCGCUACUCGCCACGCGCGUCUUCUCCGCCCGCGUCUCGUUGCUGUUGUCCCCCGCUGCCACACCAUGGCCUUCGUCACCAGGCAGUUCAUGCGUUCCAUGUCCUCCUCGUCCACCGCCUCGGCCUUGGCCAAGAAGAUAAUCGUCAAGCACGUGACGGUCAUCGGCGGCGGGCUGAUGGGCGCCGGCAUCGCCCAGGUUGCUGCAGCAACUGGUCACACAGUAGUGUUGGUAGACCAGACAGAGGACAUUCUGGCAAAAUCCAAAAAGGGAAUUGAGGAAAGCCUUAGGAAAGUGGCAAAGAAGAAGUUUGCAGAAAAUCCUAAGGCUGGCGAUGAAUUUGUGGAGAAGACCUUGAGCAGCAUAGUGACCAGCACGGAUGCAGCCUCUGUUGUCCACAGCACAGACUUGGUGGUGGAAGCCAUCGUGGAGAAUCUGAAGGUGAAAAAUGAGCUCUUCAAAAGGCUGGACAAGUUUGCUGCUGAACAUACAGUCUUUGCCAGCAACACUUCCUCCUUGCAAAUUACAAGCAUAGCCAAUGCCACCACCAGACAAGACCGAUUCGCUGGCCUCCAUUUCUUCAACCCAGUGCCCCUGAUGAAACUCGUGGAGGUCAUUAAAACACCAAUGACCAGCCAGAAGACAUUUGAAUCUUUGGUAGACUUUAGCAAAGCCCUGGGAAAGCAUCCUGUUUCUUGCAAGGACACUCCUGGGUUUAUUGUGAACCGCCUCCUGGUUCCAUACCUCCUGGAAGCAAUCAGGCUGUAUGAACGAGGUGAUGCAUCCAAAGAAGACAUUGACACUGCUAUGAAAUUAGGAACUGGUUACCCCAUGGGCCCAUUUGAACUUCUAGAUUAUGUCGGACUAGAUACUACAAAGUUCAUCAUAGAUGGGUGGCAUGAAAUAGAUGUGAAGAACCCAUUAUAUCAGCCCAGCCCAUGCUUGAAUAAGCUGGUAGCAGAGAACAAGUUCGGCAAGAAGACUGGAGAAGGAUUUUACAAAUACAAAUGAUGUGCAGCUUUUCCGGCUCUGAGAAGAACCCCUGAGAGCACUUUCCAGCCAGUGCCCCGAGUGCCUGUGGGAAUGCUCUUUGGUCUGACAUUCUGUCACACAGCACAGUCUAAUCAAUGUGCAUUUUGAUUGUAAUCUAUCUGAAGUGAUUAUUACACCAGUUACAGCAGUAAUAGAUUCUCCAUUAAGAACUAAUUCCCUUUUUCAGUCUAUUCACUUCUGUGUAUUUUCUAAACAGCUUUCUACCCUUGGUGCCUUGGAGCAAACUUUUUUUUUUGUACCUUGUCAUUUUUAUGAAGAAUUGCCUGGAUUCGUUCUCUCAUCAAGGGAAAAGUACUUCCUCCGAGAGUGCGAGUGCACCAUGCCCACUGUUGCUGCAUGCGAGAGUCACAAGCCACUGGCACGCACGUGGUAUGUCUGUGAAGCACUGCAGCGAGCAGCACCUGGAUCUUGCCUUUAUAAGAACAUUUUCCUGCCUGCAGCUUUGAGUCUUGCCCUACAUUCUGGGCACGGCAUAAGAUGUGUCUUUAUUCAGUUCAUCGUGAAGAUGGUGCUGCUGGAUGGGUCGGCAUUAUCUCUGUGUGCAUGGUUUGCAGGAGGUCAGUUUUCAUGGUCAGUCAGUUCCACAGAUCUGAAUGAUUACUGUCUGUCUGUGUCUUUUUUCCAUGAGAAAUCGCAGUUGCAAAUUGCCUAUAAAUUGACUCUACUAAAAUACAAUAUUUUCGUCUGAAAAUUUGAAUUGAAAAAGAAAUGUAUAAUAUAAAAUUGUAAUACACGCAAAUGUUUAUAAAAGUAAAAAGUUGAUAAUUUAG